ACUAGUUUCAACAUCCCCAUGGCCCAACCCCUAAACGCCCAAUUCUUCCCAUAUUUCCCACCACAUUUUGCUCCUCCGUUCCCUCUUCCCCCGCCGCCACACCACCCUCCAUCCCCUCCCAAACUUCCACCACCACCGCCGCCGCGCCACGCUCCAAACCCUCCUCCACCACCAAAACUCCCACUUCCGCCGCCACCACCCAAAUCCCCACUCCCAACACCCCCACCGCCGCCACACCACACUCCAAGCCCUCCACUUCCGCCGCCGCCACCACAUCCCAUCUCGCCACCACCGCCUCACUCCUUCUCUCCGCCACCGCCGCAUCCCAUUUCGCCGCCACUUCCGCCGCCGCCGCCGGCUGACAAUUCCACCGUAGUCAUCGUGGUGUUUCUUUCCAUCGGUGGAGUGUUCUUUCUUGCAUUCGUGGCAGCCGCCCUCUUCUGCCUCGUAAAGAAGAGGAAGAAGACGAUCGUCCGAGAAACCGACAACGUGAAAAUCGAGGAACACGUGCGCGUCCACGAAGACAUCGUGCCGGGACCGCACGGGACGCAGACGGUGGUGCUGACCAUCGACGAGGACUUGCACGUCGAGGAAGAAAUUCACAAGACAAGCGAAGUGGUGAAAUCCAAAGGCUCACAUCCCACUUCUUCUCAAGCUCCGGUGGUCGGAGAAUCGAAAUCUAUCUUCAAACAUCAUCACAACCUCAAAGAUUGAAUAAAUAAGGAUUAAUAAAUGUAAUACUCCUAUUUCCUUUUGAUAUCGGUUUGUUACUCCUCACUAUACAAUUCUUUCGACUUUGGAGUCUCAAACAAAUAAAGACUUUGAAUUUUAUAAAUGCAAUUUCUUUGCUCCAA